UCCGGCGACGUCAGGGCGUCAGACCUCCAUUAGAGUUGCAGCUGUUUGAGAGAAACAUCAACAAAACGGGCUGACUGUCACUUCCAGCCCGACAACAAGGCCUCGGAUCUGGACGCUCAACCUUCAUUUCCCACCCAGAGCUCCGCCGGCUUCUAACCACGGCCGCUCUCGGUGAGGAAACUCUGGCCUCCGCUUCCUCCUCCUCCGACUCGGACACCGGCGGAGCGUCGCCGCCCCCGCGGAAGAAGCACCGAGCCUCGGCGGCGGAGGGAGCAGGAGAGCCCGGGGCUUCAGCAGUGCUAGCAGGCCUCUCUGGAGCCGUCCUGGGACUCGCUGCCGCUGCAAACUCUCACUCUCCCGCAUCCGCCAUCCAACUCAACCGCGUCCACAGCAGCCUCGGCGGCACCAUGCAGUCUAACGGGGCAGGACAGGGACAGGAAUCCUCGGAGCUGUCCUGCAUUAACGCGGCGCAGAACGGGGAGUCGUCCUCGGGGAGUGGGAGCCGCUCCAACGGGCUGCUCUCCUCUGGCUCCGGCGGCUCCGGGGGCUCGGACACCGGCAACGGCACCAGCAACGGGUCGGGGGCCGGGCUGGGGAGCUCCGAGCUCGGCUCGCUGAAGAAGAAGAAGCGGCUCUCGCAGGCGGACGAAGAUGUCAUCCGACUAAUAGGGCAGCAUCUGCACGGGCUGGGCUUGAAUCAGACAGUGGACCUGCUGAUGCAGGAAUCAGGCUGCAGACUGGAACACCCCUCAGCUACCAAGUUCCGCAACCAUGUUAUGGAAGGGGAAUGGGAAAAGGCUGAGAAUGAUCUCAAUGAGCUGAGAGCACUGAUGCAUUCUCCCAACGCCAUUGUGCGUAUGAAGUUCCUCCUUUUGCAACAAAAGUACCUAGAGUAUCUGGAAGAUGGCAAAGUCCUGGAGGCUUUGCAGGUGCUCCGGGGAGAGCUGACGCCACUCAAGUAUAACACAGAUCGCAUCCACGUACUCAGCGGGUACCUAAUGUGCAGUCACGCUGAGGAUCUUAGGGCCAAGGCAGAGUGGGAGGGCAAGGGCACAGCCUCACGCUGCCGGCUGCUGGAUAAACUGCAGACAUACCUGCCACCCUCUGUCAUGUUGCCCCCUCGGCGACUGCACACCCUGCUGAGGCAAGCGGUGGAGCUGCAGAGGGACCGCUGCCUUUACCAUAACACCAAGCUGGAUAAUAGCCUGGACUCAGUCUCCCUCCUUCUUGAUCAUGUCUGCAGCAGGAAACAGUUCCCUUGUUACACCCAGCAGAUUCUGACAGAGCAUUGUAAUGAAGUGUGGUUCUGCAAAUUCUCAAAUGAUGGCACCAAACUAGCCACAGGCUCCAAAGACACUACUGUCAUAAUUUGGCAAGUUGACCUGGAGAACCACCAGCUGAAGCUGUUGCGGACCCUGGAGGGGCACGCUUACGGAGUGUCCUACUUAGCCUGGAGUCCCGACGACACCUACCUGAUCGCCUGUGGACCUGACGACUGCUCUGACCUCUGGCUUUGGAACAUUCAGACGGGGGAGCUGCGGACCAAAAUGUCCCAGUCCCAUGAAGACAGUCUGACCAGUGUGGCCUGGAACCCUGAUGGGAAACGCUUCGUCACUGGAGGACAGAGAGGGCAGUUUUAUCAGUGUGACCUUGAUGGUAACUUGUUAGACUCUUGGGAGGGUGUGAGAGUGCAGUGCUUGUGGUGCCUCGGCGAUGGCAGGACAGUAUUGGCUUCGGACACCCACCAGCGGAUCAGAGGAUACAACUUUGAGGACCUCACAGACAGAAACAUAGUUCAGGAGGACCAUCCUAUCAUGUCUUUUACAGUUUCAAAGAACGGUAGAUUAGCUUUGUUAAAUGUAGCAACUCAGGGAGUGCACCUUUGGGAUCUUCAAGACCGGGUGCUGGUGAGGAAGUACCAAGGUGUGACCCAGGGCUUCUACACCAUCCACUCCUGCUUUGGGGGACACAACGAAGACUUCAUUGCCAGUGGCAGUGAAGACCACAAGGUGUACAUCUGGCAUCGACGCGGUGAGCUUCCUAUCGCUGAGCUCACCGGCCACACGCGCACGGUUAACUGUGUGAGUUGGAACCCGGCCAUCCCAGGCCUCAUGGCGUCGGCCUCAGACGAUGGCACAGUGCGUAUCUGGGGUCCUGCACCCUGUCUUGACUCACAAGAAGCAGAUGGGCUCAACGAAAACUGCAGUAACAUGGACAGUUGAUGGUCAGUUAAAGAGCAGAUGACGUCUCUCUUUUGACAACAAUUGAAGCAAACCACAAAAUUUAAAUUUUAAAUUGAAUACCAUCAGAAAGAAAGAGAAGAAACCAACAAAUACCACCGACACAAAAGAGCAAACAAAAGUGAGAAUAAUCUGUUUUCUGACUGGUAUCGACAAGUGAUGGACAUGAUGAUGGAUGCCCUGGAAUUUGAAGUCCUCAUCCAAAAAUCUGAUCCCAACCCAGAGGCCUAAAAAAAACCAGUCAGCGCUCAGUGGGAUCCUCCUCUGGUGAGCUGCACUGGCUGGUCUUCUCUGCAUGGUCUCCAGCCAUGCGAGGUCCUCACAAGUUUCCCAGGAAAACUCACUUCCACCUUGAGCUUGGAGCACAUGAGUUCCUGUGACGCCUCCAGACAGACAGUGCAGACCAGCCAUCUCCUCUUUGGACUACAUCUGUCUGCUUGUUUGUCUCUCACAUUACCUGUCUAAUGUCUCCAUGGACAUGGGUGGGGUGUUGUUGGGGGAGGAUGGUGCAUAGAGGGAUUUAGCAACUCUUUUGUAUGUAUAUUCUACCCUCUCCUCAUUUCUGGCUAUAUUCAUCAUUUUUGAUCAUUUGGACAAAGGCCAAAAAAAAAAAAUUCAACACAAAAACACUGACUGACCAGCUGAGAAAGAGGAUGACAAAAAAAAAAAAAAAACAAGGCUACGCUAAAUGUGUGAAUUUUUUUAUGAUAGUCAUAGUGUUUAUUCUCAUUUAAGAGGUGAAUCUUAGCUCAAGAAGUGCCCAUGGAAAGCUUUAGUGAAGAUUCCACUUUCUGUUUCUCAACAUUAGGGAAAAAAAAAACAAACUUUUUAUUGUUUAAUUUAACUUCUAACAAGGACAGUAUCUGUUAUAUUUCCAACUGACAGCCCCUCCCCCCCAGCGAUCUCUGUUGAGCUAGCUGUCGCACAACUCCAUUACAUCUUCCUAAGAGGAGGACAGAGAGAUUCACAGGCCACAUAUCAACUGUGAGGGGGUCAUACAAUGUCGGUGAGGUAUAGUUUCCUCCUUAUAGACGUAUACUAGGACCCCUUUUUGAAGAGAUGCAUAUGUGAGAGAUCAAGUGCAACUGACGUUUGCACACAGAUGACUGCUGUUCCUCCCUUGUGUGCGUGCGUGUGCGUGUGUGGGCGUGUGUGCGUGUGUGUGUGUGGUUGUGUGUAACUGAUGGCAAAUAUGCAUGCACACAAUAGUGAGAGAGUUGACAUUAUUAGGUGCAGAUUUAAUUGCCGUGUGUGUUUGUAUGUGUAUUUAAUUCUCACCAGCAGAGGAUCCCCCUCUCCCACCACUCUCCGGUUACCAUAGUGAAUAUGUAAAGAGGAUUUUAAACCAAUUCUGAGUUAUCCAAAGCCCCAUAGGGACAUCCAUCAGUGGAACAAAAAAAUGUAGUAAAAAAACAUUCUUGAGCCAUUUUGGUAAACUUUUUUUUUCUUUCUUUCUUUUUUAAACUGGGGCUUUAAUUUUUACAUUAGAAUCAUUUCCAUCCUUAACCUCGCGGCAUUCAUAUGGCACUGAGUUAUCGACAUCAAAUUUGUUGGGAAAAGAAAAGGACAUUUAAUAUAGACUGCAAUUUGACUGAGGCAUGUCUAAAAGGAGAGACAAAAAGCUGGAAAGUGUUGCAUUAUUAGCAAAAGGUCAUUUCAUAAGAGAAGUUAAUGAUUGUAAUAAUGGGUCAAGUUCUCACUAUGGGCCCUCAAAGAAGAAGCACCGUUAACCUGAACCACACAGAGUGUACAGUUAGGGAGUGAUGUUGCAAACCUGAAAAAGAAAAAACUAUUUACAUAAACUGCCUUCCUGUUCAUACUGUUGCACACAAACCCUCAGUAUGUUUGACAUCCUCACUGCACUUUGAGUGGUCUUCUGCGUACAUACAACAGUGGCAUAAAUCCAUAACGUUUCGAACCUUAUGGUCGCCACACUUGCCAUUCUUACGGCUUAAAAGGUCGCGCGGGCAAAGACUUAAAACCUAACAGGAGAUUGCAAAAGGAGUCCAGCCCCCUACUAUGCCUCUAUGCACCCAAAGGGACUGACUGACCUUCUAGACAGUAUGAAACUCAGCCUUGCAUUUUCAGGCAUAAGAGCCUCAUCUCCAGGGCAGCGCUCUUGGAGCUUAGAGAGAAUUCAGCAUUAACACCUCCUUUGCUCUCCAGCCAAGUUAUUCAGUGGUCAUUGCACCAUUCAAAGCUUUCUUCCUCCCUUUUACAGGGUAUGUAAUGACAAUUUGCUACAGACUGAUUUACAGUAAAAUGUUUAAAAACAGUGCUUUUCUGUCUGUUUUUAUUGAACUUUUUUUUUUGUUACUUAAUUUUUUUGUUGACAUUAUAUCAUUUUUGGUUGAUCUCUAUCCCUGUAUGAUCAUAUUAAAAUAUAACCAGACGUUUGGAGUCCUCCUUUUUUGUAACCAUUAUAACCCUUCGUAGUUUUCUUUUACAUAAAUAAAAUAUAUGUUUUGUUUUGUUUGUAUUUUAGUUGCAUUUUAGCUACCACUACUAUCACAAACAAAUAUGCACAGUAACACUCAUGCCAGUAGGAGUGGGAAGAGUCUUAGGAAGUGUGUUACAUACAAUCAAAUCAGGUUUUAACAAUCCACCCCUCGCCUUUAAAGAGUUUCUUUCAUGUGAAAAAUCGGCUUUCUUGCAUGUUUGUAAUUAGCUGGUGUGUCAUUUUAGAUUGGCAGUUGCUACAUCUCUGACCCGUAUCAAAACCAAAUCACUUGAGGCAUAUAGUGGUGAUUUAUGUAGGAUAUUCUUGUGUAUGUUAUGCUCUCAUAUUCACACUAUGGAAACCUCUUUCUCAACUCCUGGACCACAGAAUGGACUCGUCUUUCAUGCCAUUGCACCAUUUCAAAAAAAAAAAAAAACUUGAAGGACAUCAUGCACACUGAGAACCCAAGAAAAGUGUUUCAGUAAAACCCCUCACUCACCUGUUGGUGGCAAAUGCUAUGUCUGUAUGCAACCGGGUGUCUUCUCUGUUCUUCUAUCAGAGUUUACCAUGGGAGUUGUUUCUGAUUUAUCUAUGUCUUAUUUC